AUGACGUCUGGAAAUCGGCAUCUAAUCUGGGUCAAGCGAAGGGUAACAUCAACACAGGGAGUCAAAGCUGCAGGUGGAAUGAUGAAAGGCACUGGAACAAAGGAAGCAAAGUUUUCCUCAUCUUCCAAACCGAGUUCAUACCAUCACCCCAUUGGCUGCUUUACACCUCCUGAGGAGUGUCCAAUGCAGCAACCGACAAAUUUCACUUCUUUGGAUAACCUAUACCCCCUUCAAGCAAAUAGAGGUACUGGCAUGGAACUUGACAAUCAGUCUACUGCACUAGCAGACCAUCCAGCUGGCUAUGAAGAUGAUGCAAUCAUUCUCGAUGAACAAGAGGAACCCACUCCUGGUAUGCAACUCGACGAUCAACCAGAAGACCAUCCAACUUCCCAUGAGGAAAAUGCCCCCAUUCUUGAUGAUCCGAAAGGGCCAGAUCCUGAUAUUGAACUUGAUGAUGGAGCUACGGAACCACCAAAGUAUCCGACUUCCCAUGGGGCAGAUACAAUCCCAGUCUUGGCACAUUCUGAGGGCUCUGAUUUGAGAAAUUGUGACCCGAACUCAACAAGCUGUCAGACUUUGCCACCACAUUCAAUAGGAAAUACGCACUCCAACUCUUUCUUAUCAAUCACAAAUACUAUUACCAACUCGCCUGGACCCCCGACAGAUAUGACACCUUCUAAGCGUAUCCUCAGUUCUACCGAAACCCAUUCAGAAAGCACUCCCAUUGCAACAAAUUCCAAGCGGAGGAUUAUAGAUUGCUCUAACUGGUGUCGUCGUUAUACCACAAAUGAAGAUGUAUCUCACCCUAACGACAGAAAUCCUAAGCAGCAUCAUUUUACCGGCGAUCCUGACGAGUCAACGAGCCAAUUAAAUUGUCCUUUCAAUCAGAGUCUAGUUACUCAAAACAGUAACUUCAAUCCGCAAGUACUCCUGCCAUUCAACACUACUUUUGCUCAUCCUUUGCCAUUGGUUGCUUCACAGCCAAUCGGCUGGCCAGCACAGCCCUUACCAGCUUAUCCUGUUUCUUUGGGACUCGGAUCAACCUCCUCUCCCAUUUCUUUUAUUCACAUCACUUCCGUCUCACACCCACAAGUUUCCAGCACACCCUUCACUUUAUUUCCGCCACCAUCUGAUUUAAAUACACAGACUCUGGACAUGUCGGCACCCUUGCUACCACAUGAGACACCGCUUACUAUUGAAAAUACAACACAACACCCGAUAUUCACCUUAACAAGACCAACUGAACACACAAGCGACCCUUCAAGGACUUCGACAAGACCUGCAACUCUUGCCUUCCGACAUCCUCCCCAUCACGCGAAUGUCAGCACAUCAAGGUCAACUGAUAAUCUAAGAGAACCUUCACGCACCUCAAGAAGCGCCUCAACUCAACCCGAGUCCUCAUCAGCCUCAAGAAAUUCUCUAGAGCCACCUCAACGCCUAACACAGCGCUCGCUCUCUCGUGCUGAUAGCCUCACUGAAAAUGACUCACCACGCCUUUUUAGAAAUUCAUCAGACUAUUCAUCAUCAAACUCAUCACGAGGCCAAAGAAGCACUUCGCGUCGGCAUCGGUCUACCCAAGGCUCUACACAAGCUUCAACAUCGCAUAGAAGCCCAUCACCAUCACCAUCACCAUCUAGUGAAGCUUCCAGUGAAUCUGAUUCUGACAGUGGCUCCGAAAGUGACCUCGACAUACGUCAAAGACAGCACUACCAGCGUAAAGAAGCUCGACAUUGUUCUAAAAUCACCAAAUCACGACGCGAGGGUGUUCGGUUUGAGAAGCUCACUGAAGAUCAAGGACCUUCCAAAAAUGAGCAGCUGUCGAUUUGUAUUCAGGAUUAUUUCAAACUUAUUCUGGGUGUGACACGUAAAGCUCGCGGUGAAAAAAAGACCUCAACACUUCCCAGCCCACCGUCCGACAAGGAAAUUACCGCAUGGGAGCAACGAAAGCAUGACCGGAAGCGAACUAUUGCAAAACAAGUCUCAAAGGAACGAGAAAGGUUUCUGAAGUACAACUCAGCUCCCAAACGCGCAGAGCUGAAAAUGAUUGAUGAAACGGCAACUAAAAAAGCUGUUGAAAAACUUAAACCAGCAGCUCUUGCCUCGGGUGGAUUUCCUAGAUGCACUUUUGAUUGGCAAUACUCACUCCAAUCUAAAUGGAACGAAGCUAUGUCCACUAUAAUGCUGCAGGAAUGGGAAAAAUGCUACAAUAGAGGUGAUGCAUCGAGAUACUUGAUAAAUUCUGAACAUGUCACAUCUAUAAAUAAAUUCAGGAUCUUUGAGCGAUGGUACAACACGCAACGUGCAAACUUCUCAGACCAAGUUCGCAAGAUAUCAAACACCGAGAACAACGCCAGCAGUGACUCCACAAACGUUGUAGUUGAUGAUAAGCAGGCAAGGGAGAAGAUUAGCCGCUCCAACUCAAGGAAACGUGUAUCUGAACUUCGAUCCGCAACCUUCAAGAAGUAUUUUCCCGAAGAACGCAACCUAUAUCUCAUUAUUUCGGACCCCAAAGUUCACUCUGAGGAUUAA